AUUAGCAAAAAAAAAGAACAAGAGGUGAAAAUGAAAAAAAUCUUCGUGCCAGUAGACGACAUUCCAUCGAUAGAGCAUACCUUACGUCCAAUAUCGUACAUCUCUUGGUUACUGGGCGUCGGCGUUGCACGACCGCGAAAGUUUUCAAAGACUAUGACGAUAAUUAUACGUAUCGUUCAUCUGGUCAUGUGUUCGGUCAGCAUGGUGUGCAACGCGAUUGACCUUUUCAAUUACGUUAGCAUCAACAAAUUAUACAAUCACAUGUUUUUGAUCACGUAUUUUAUGGACAGAAUGAUGUGCUACGUGUCGGCGUAUUACUACAUUUAUCACGGAAUCAGGCAGUAUGACAAGUGGUCAAAGCUAAUCGACAAAAUAAAGGGGCUCGAUCAGAAGAUCAGGAAAGAAACACAGAUUAAUGAUCAACCAAUAAGAAAUGUGGAAGUAAUAGCAAUUCUCGCGACUACCGUUUGCUGUCUUUUAUUGCUGAUCAUACCUGUUGUGCGUUAUUGUAUAGAUUCACGGAACAUUUACGCAACCGAGUUGUUGCUUUUCUACGUGUUAGCCCAGUCACUUGUCAACAGUUUCGUCUUCGAUGUUGUUGUCUAUGUGCUAUAUUACAGAUUUCAAACGAUAAAUAAAUUAAUCGGCCAGUUGGAUAAGCUAUUUAAUGCGUCAUGGGCCGCGCUCAAGAUUAAACGUAUGAGAGAAUUGCAUUACGAUAUUUGUGAUCUCGUCAUCAUGAUAAAUGAAAUUCACGGUCUUCAGCUCCUUCUCUGUUCUGCAAACUGCUUUACUGCAGUCGAGGCUACACUAUUUAGAAUCUAUCUACUUGUCCUGAAGGAACCCUAUAAUUACUGCUAUUAUAUAUUGAUAAAUAGUAUUGUUUGCAUUUUGUAUCUCGUGCAAUUUGGUUUAAUGUGCUGGAUUUGUACGCUUGCGCGUCAAGAAUCCGAUAAGACUGGGAUAAUUAUAUGCGCGAUUAUACUGAAACGCAAACCUGUAAAUCAUGAAAAAUUACACGAGACAAUAAAUCAAACAUUUCUAGAGGUGCAAAAUUCUAAUUGGAGUAGUAACCAUAAUUGGAAUUACGUCGUCAUAGAAAAUUUUUUUUUGAAAAAUUUGGAAGAAAAUUGUGUCAGAAACGAGAUCAAUGACUUUUCGAUUCAACUGCAACUUCGUCGAGUAGCAUUUACAGCCUGCUAUUUCUUCGAAAUAAGCAAUAAUCUGUUCUGCGGUGUAAGUACAAAAUUUAUUUACUUUAUUACUAUUCAUGUAAAGUUAGCUAUUUUCAAGCUAGCAAUGUAAACAAUAGGUCUCGACACAAUUAAAUAAAGUGCAUUUAUUUUUCAGUUUAUCGGAGUGAUCAUCACUUAUUUAAUAAUCUAUAUUCAAUUCUCUGAGUGAUCCGAAAAUAAUAUCAUAUUUUCUACUUGUCCUGAAGGAUACAUUUAUGAGUUUAUUGUACAAUUUUUAUAUACAUAAUGUAAUAUAUAUAAUAUAUAAUUCUAAAAUUUCUAUUUUUAAACACGCAUACACAUGCGUGCGCGCAUAUAUAUAUAUAGUUUUGAUAUAGGAAACCGCAAAGUGAUAGUUCCUUUCAUAAAGAGGAAAAUAUAAAAAAUAGUCAUUAACUUACGUAAUAACCAUUAUUAAGCAUACGGUUGAAGAUAAUUUAAAUAUUUAAAUUAUUGCAAUAUUAAAAAGUUACUUUUUUAAUGUUUAACGUUUAAUUAAAAUAAUAAUAUAGCACUUGAAAAAGGCAUUUCACUUUUUCUAUCUGUUUCUUAUCUAGCUGAUAUUAAUGAUCAUAUGUUUGUACAUUGCCAUCGUAAAAUAUAUUUUAUCAGAUCUAUAAAAUUUAUAAAAACUGCGUUUAUAGAAAAAAAAAAACAAUUAAUCGCUAAACAUAAUCUAAUUGUGCAUUGCACUUGCAGAAUUGCACAAGUACUAUGUCGUCUUUUAUUGUUACGUGAAGUAUGAAGGAGAAUUCAGGGCGCGCGCUUGUAAAAGUGUUUUGUUUCUAAAAAAGCUUUACACUAUUCUUUCUACAAAAUAUUCUGUCUCGUGAAUGUAAUCAGCAGUCGUACUCAUUUACAAAGCGUCGAUUAACAAG